UGCCUAAAACUGUUUAAAAAUAUAUUUAGAAGUCAUUUAUUUCAUACUUCAAUAAAUUUUCUUAUAUAUUUUCUAUCUCUUUCUGCUGUAAAUGUAAUACAGUCUUUUCUAAAUGAAUCGAGUUCAGUAAUUGGCGCGGACAAAACAACCAAUCAAGCGAAAAUACCAUCCAACCAAUGACAGGACACGUAAGCCUUCGUCGAGUUGAUUUAAAAUUAUGAAUUUUUUAACAGUUGCCAGAUGAAUUGUAAUUACUUUAGAAUAUUUUUAACCAACAAUAAUCAAUUUUAUUUUAUUAAAAUUUAAUACAAUUUUUUAAUUGGAUUUAUAUUUUAAACAAACUAAAAUGACAAAAUAUUGUUAUGGAAGCCAAUGGACAAAUCCAAAUUCCAGUAGAGGUCGGCACUUUAACGUACGAAUUGAAACGGUGAAAAUUAAUAAAAUUGAUAGAAAUCAAUUUGAGAAAAUGGAAAAUAUGGAUUUUUCAUCUGAUCCAGUAGAGACAUUUGAAGAGUUAGAAAGAUCUCUUUUGUUGUUAUGUAAAGAUGAUAACGAAAAUUUAAAUAAUCCUUGUAUUAGCAAAUAUAAUCAGAAUUCGUUGAAUAUCUUUAACGUGAACUCUCUAAGCGAAAUAAUAGAUGGUUUUGUAAACUAUAAUUUCAGUUUUCCAGGGUACUAUCAAAUGGUGGAACAAAGUAUAUAUCGAAAUCCGUAUAUAGAUGAAAAACAAUUUUCAAUGAAUAUAGAAGAAAAUAUAAAUUAUAGUUUAUGUUCAGUGGUAAAAAAUUCUGACAUAGCUAAUUAUUUAAAACAGAGUGACGUAAAAUUAAAUUUGUUGAAUUCUAAACUGGUUGAAACAAUUGAAACUGAAACUUCUAGCAUUGAUAAAUCUAAUGAUUUUUUAAAAUCAUCUACAGGAAGUGUGAUAUUUUCAAUACAGGAUCAAAAUGAAUGUUCAGAAAUGCCUAUAAGUGAUAAAGAUCAAACAAUCUUUAUUCCAGAAAAUACUGACAUACAUCUGAAUUCUCCCAGAAAAAAGAUAAAAAUUUGUGAAAAUGAUCAAAAUGAUAGAAAUUCCAGUACACCUGUGAGACAUUCUGUAAAAUAUUGCUGUGUUCGCGAUGAAUAUGAAAAUGGGAUCUCGCUCCUUAUUGAAGGAGAUUCUCAUUGCACAUCGUCGCCAAAAUCGCUACAUGCUGGUGACGAUUCAAUAAAGUGUUUAUAUGAUAAAGUCCAAGAAAAUAGAUUAAUUGUAGAAUUAAACAACCACAACAGUGGAAAACAAUCGGAAAAGGAAAAUUCAAUAAUGGUUACGAAUGAUGGAAUUUCGAUAGAAAAAACAUGUGUUUCAGAUGUUUUGCCAAAUAAAAAUAUUAUUUUAUAUGAGAAAACAAAAAAUGAUUCUGACGAAAGGCAUAUUAAUAAAAAUCCUAAUCAGACUGAAACUGUGAUAGAUAACAACUUAAACAUAUCAUUGAAUAAUGAAAUCGAGCGAGAAAAUAAAGAAGUUAAGAUCGAUUCUACCCAUUAUGUUUCUAAUGAAAUAAAAGAAGUAUUAGAGAUAAAAAGUGACGACGAACAAAAAGUGAAUAAAUUUCAACUUGAAUUAGAUACAAACAAAGAUGAUGGUCCAUCACAGCUUAAAAUUGCAAAUAUUAGUGAAGAUGAAUCAGAUUGUCUCAUUUUGGAAAUUAACGAAAUGGAUACUAUUACGGAACAAUCGGAAACAGAAGAUGAAAAGAAGUCAAAAAUUUCGUUAUCUGCUCCAAAAAGUACAUCUUUAAAAGAAAAAGAUCAACUUAACUCACAAAAUAAAAUGUUUCCGGCAGGAAGUAGCGAUAAGCAUGAAAUUAUUCAAGAAAAGAAUAUUGCUGAAAAUAGUGUUGAGAGUAUAUUAAAAGAAUCUGUUUCAGAGAAAUGGAAUAAAGAACAUGAUAAAACAAGCAACAGAAAAUUUAAUAAACGUAAUUGGAGGAGGGAAGAUCCUACAGAAAAAAUAGACAUUGAUGAUCCUGAAUGGGAAAGGGUCAAAACACUUACUACAGACGAAGAACGAUACAGUGCCGUAAAAAAUUGUUGGAAUUCUGACAGCGUACCAAAUCCUCAUAAAGAUCUCACUUCACAUUCCUUUAGAUUAAGGAGAAUGAAGAAAGAGGGCUAUAUAGCACAACAAAGUAUUAAUAGAAAAAGAACUGCAACAGGAGAUCCUGUGGGAAUAAUAGGUAAUAAACGACAGAAAACAGAAUCUAUCCCAUGUACCGAUAUUCUCGAUAGAAAAAUAGAAGAUGAAAAGAAAUUAUACAGGGAAAAGCUAGACUUUGAGGAAUCAAUUUAUUUCAAAACAUUGCAUAAAAUCACUUUUGACAGCCAAAAGAACAGAAAUAAUAUUUUGGAAGAAUAUAUGCAGAAGUUAAUGCAAAAUGUACAGUCACCUUCGAGUAAUCGUUUGCUUUAUGCUGAAAGUGUAAAACAAUGGAGAGAAUGUAACGAAAUGUUUAUAUAUAAAAAAGAGAGGGAAGAUAAAGAAACGGCCAGAAAACGUUACACAGAUACAAAAGAAAAACUGUCUAAUGAUCACCAGCAAAAGAUUGAUAAAUUGUAUAAAGCUAGGGAAGAAAUACUUAAAUUCAAUCAGUUUUAUUGCGUUAACCAAUUAAAUCCAACUAUUAUUGAGAAAAGAAGAGCUGAAGAAAUCAAAAUAACUGAAGAAAUGUACAAUGUUUUUACGAAAAUGUACUCACCUGCACGUUUUUAAAACAAGUUUUUGUGAUUUACUAUCAUUUAGACACUUAAGAAAUACAGGGAUGUCAUGUGCAAUGUAGAUCUGUUUAAGAAUUUAUGUAUUAUUUUUAUAUUUAUAGAUGUAAAAACAUCUAAUACUUUCAAAAAAGUAAUAUAGAAUAAUUACCUUUAAUUUUUUCGAAUAUUUUUUUAUUGAAUAAAUAUAUAUAUAUAUAUAUAUAUAUAUAACUCAACACUAUUUGCAGCUGGAUUCUUUCAAUAUUUUAUGUAACUACGUAAGUGGAUGCCAAGCCGGCUGAAAAUUACGUAGUUACAAUUAAAUACUGAUUUUAUAGUUUUUCUAAUAAAAACAUCUAGUAAUUAAAGCUAAAUAUUUGUUACAUCAAUCCAUAAAUACUCGACUUCGUCCUUAAACACAAAUUUAUAAAAUCUCAAAUUAUAAUUUAAAAGCUUCAGUAUUGUUUUUCAUAUUAAUAAUGGUAAUAAUUUGAAUUCUGUUAUUUAAUGUCAACUUAAAUAUAAUUUGGUAAUGAUUAAAUAUCAAAAGCUGUUAUAUAACUUUCAAAUAUUUUUACCUAUUAUAAUUCUAAUUAUAAAAUUUCAAAAGAUGUUAAAAGGAUGGAAUUAUUUGACAACUACAUCUAAAUAAAU